AUGUAUUCUAUAAUUAAAGAUCAUCAGGGAUUCGAAUAACUGAUUAAUAUUGAAGUCAGAGAAUAAGAGUUGAUAAUUGCUGUUGAAUAUCUUGAAGUAAAUCUAGAUAUGGUUUUCAGUCAAGAAAGAUAUCAUAAAGUCAGUGAAAAUUUGGCUAAAGUCUACCUCUAUCAGAUUUUGAAAAGUGUCACACUUAUUCAUAAUAAAUUGAUCAUCCAUAAUUCGAUUAGUCUUUCAAACCUAAAGAUUACAAAUAAAGGUCAUUUAAAGCUGAGUGGGUUUGAGAAGUCUCAAUGCCUUUAAUACAAAUCAAAUACUAUAGAAGACUCUGAUGAAUAUUAAAGCAAAUUGUUAGCUAAUAUAGAUUUAUCAGAUAUGUAUAAUCUAGCUCCUGAAAUUAUACUCGGCUAGGAUUUCUAGACAUUCGCAACAGAUAUGUGGGCAGUUGGUUGCGUAUUCUUCAAUCUGGUUUCUGGAUUUCAUCCUUUUAAGGAGAGCUGCAUGACCACAAUGCUAUAUAGGAUUUUCAAAACCCUAGGUACUCCAAAUAUGAACAUAUUAGAAUUCCCUACAUUAACCCAAUGCCCUUAUUUUGUUAAAAAUUAUGACAAAUUUCCCGUUUGGUAAAGUCUUGAUUUCUCAGCGUUAAUCCCAGAUUUGGCCAUUGAAGGGAUUGAUUUGCUAAGGAAAAUGCUUGAGAUUGAGCCAGAGAAAAGAAUUUCCGCAAUAAACGCUUUGAAGCAUCCAUUUUUUAAUAACUUAAACGAAGAGUUGAUUUUAGAUUGA